AUGGCCCAACACAAGAUCCACGUGGCCGUGUUAGAUGCCGACAUCCCCUGCCUCUCAGUAUACAGAGCGCGGGGUCUAUACAGCUCUCAAUUCCGCGUCCUCCUGCAAGCAGCCGCUCAACGCCUAAACAUAACACCAGAAACCCUCCAAAAAGGUCAGCUGGCUGUCCAUGUAACAGCCUUCGAUGCCGUAGGCGGGUCCCUACCUCCUCUGGAAACCCUACGAACCAAACCUCAGUCCCCAGGCGAGCCUCACGCCGGCGGACCAUUGAGUCCAAUAGACGCAAUCCUAAUCACGGGCUCAGCAUCCUCAGCCUAUGAAGACCAACCCUGGAUUCACGCAAUGCAAUCCUACCUCCAAACAGUGCACAUCCACUACCCAAACAUAAAAAUCUUCGGCUCCUGUUUCGGGCACCAGAUAAUCGCCCAAGCCCUCCUCAGCACCAACGCAAACCCCAACACCGCACCAACAUCAACAUUCCACGUCGCGCACUCCCCCGCCGGCUAUGAAAUGGGCAUCCAGCCCAUCACCCUCCAUCCCUCCUUCACCGCGCGCUUCCCGCCUCUCGCACGCGCCACAGCUCAGAGCCCAUUCCGCAUCCAGCUGAUCCACAGCGACGUGGUGAUGCCCACGCCCGAGGCUGAAGCUGCCGCGAACCAGGCGGGAGUCUCGCUGCCGGCACCGUGGUCUAGUAUCGGGAGUAGUGCGCAGUGCGCAAUUCAGGGUCUUUAUAACCCUGGCCGGGUCCUGACGUACCAGGGUCACUUUGAAUUCGAUACUUUUGUUAAUGGGGAGCUUGCGCAAGAGUUUGGGCGUCGUGCGGGUUGGUCGGCGACCGUUGUGGGAGAGUAUUUGGAGCAGAUUUAUCGCUCGGGGGUUCCUGGGUUGGAGGAUGAUGAUGAUGCUAAGGCUGCGGCUGACGCAGUUUUGUUAUUCUUUGCUGGGGAGGAUGUGGAUUUGAUGGGGUGUGGUGGUGGUACUACACCUCCCCAGUAUUGA